CGCUGCUUAGCGCCCUUGGCGGUUGGUGCCUCAGUCUUGAGGGAGUGGACUCCUUGGGCUAGACACGCUGAGCCUCAGCUCUGAGAGCCCAGCACCACUACUUCACAAUGUCUGAGGAAGAAGAUUCGGAUUACAUCAUUGUAACUAUUGAAGAUGACUAUAAUGAUAACACUGAUGAUGAGGAUGCUGUGACAGAAGAGGAUUCUGCAAAUUCUGACAAUUCUGGUGAUGCAUCUAUGAUACAACACUGUUUUGAAAUCCAUGAUGAAAACUGUCAGCAUCUAUUCAGCAUAUCAGAUGGAUUUCAAGACACAGAAGUUCAGCAUGACCAAUUAGUUUCACAAAUGAGCUCUCCAACAAACUUAAAAAGAUACAUGCCUCAGUCAACAGAACAGUAUUGUUCAUCAAACAAAAGAGGACGAACAUCUCCAGGACAGGAUAAUACUUCUCUUCCAAUACAGCAUAAUAUGGAGAGAUGUGUGUUUGAAAACUUCUAUCAGGAAUAUCACCAGAACCAACUGAGAGCAUUUCAACAGUGUUUCCAGGGUUUAAAAGAACUUUUUCAGAAAAUGAAUACGCAGAUUUCCCAGCUGAAUGAAAUCUUUUCAGCAAUGGAAGAGUUUUGGGAGAUACCACUGAUGACACAACAUGGAAAUGGCAGCCCAUCAUUGCCAGUGGCAAGGCCGACAACCCAUGCCCAGGCCAGUGCUCCAGGAACAUCACUUCAGUCAGCAGCAAGCGCUCAAUUACAGGAGCCAUUUGUUGCAGUUCCUCUAGUAGUUCCUCCAUCAGGAAGCCCUAGUGUGGCCAAUAAUCCUGAUCAGAUGACUUAUUCUGACAUUCUGAGAUACAAGGGCAUGAGCCCAGAUUCUACCUUGCCAUCUGCCUGCAUCCUUCUCCAUUUUGGUAUGCCAGGAACAGCAGAACCUACCUUGGAAAAUAACCCUGAGACAAAGAAUUAUCCACCUGUAAUAGGAAAUGAUGAUGACCAGUGUCCUUCGUCUUCAUCUGCCAACUCCUCAUCUGAUUCUAGCUCUGACAAAGCUGUGCUGUUACAAAUGCCAGAAAAAGCAGAAGCCAUCCUAAAAGACUAUGAUGGGACAAUGUACUGCCCAGAUUUACUAGGAAGUUUCACUGAUCUGACACCUGAAUUAUCUUCUGCUACCACCUCUUCCGAUGUUGGCAAGUUUGAAAUAAUACAUAGUACAAGUAGCACUUUUUAA